GUGUUUCUAGGGGUGUUGCUUGUCUGCCAAGCUUAUCCUCGUGCCACACAGUGAGGGGUGGAGCAGUGUGGGAGGAGCACUGUGUAACACAGUACAUAAAAACAUUGUCAUCCCUUAUAAUAUUAAUUAAGGAUUCAGCACCUUUUAAAAUUUUGCCCAUUGGGCUACAUGGGAAUCUAGUUCAGUCAGGAGCCCUGCUGCACAAUGUCAUUCACUGAAGUCCUAACCACCAUUGGUGGAUUCAUGGUUGUUUUCCACCUACUGAAACUGGCCUGGAGAUGUUGGUGUGGACUAAGAGAGUUUGUGUUGUCAGAGCUUUGGCAAGAGGAUUUAAGGACAUAUGGACAAUGGGCAGUUGUCACUGGUGCCACAUCUGGCAUAGGUAAAGCUUAUGCCAGUGAGUUGGCGCAGAGAGGCCUGGAUGUCAUUUUGGUAAGCAGAUCUGAUGAUAAGCUUCGAAUGGUUGCCAAAGAGAUAGAGGAUCGUUUUGGACGAAAGACUCGCAUCAUCCAAGCAGACUUCACAGAAAGCAAUAGCAUCUACCCUGCUAUAGCCAAGGAACUACAGGGCCUGGAGAUCGGAAUUCUGGUCAACAAUGUAGGAAUGACCUAUUCUGAUCAUUUUGCCUAUUUCCUGGAAAUACCAGAUGCUGAACAGAAAAUCACUCAGGUUAUCAACUGUAACAUGCUGUCUGUCCCUCAGAUGACCAGACUUGUUCUUCCAGGCAUGAUUGAAAGAAGGAAAGGCUUGAUCAUCAAUAUCUCCUCUGAAGUGGGCAUCCGUCCACAGCCUUUGUUGUCCCUUUAUUCUGCCACCAAGAUUUUUGUUACAUAUUUCUCACAGUGUCUGCAUGCUGAGUACAAGUCAAAGGGAAUUAUAGUUCAGUGUGUGGCCCCCUUCAUGGUGUCCACCAACAUGACUAACAACAUGAACGUCAACUACUUUGUAAAAAGCGCUUCAGGGUUCGCCCAUGAAGCCUUGAACACUGUGGGUCACUCCAGCUACACCAGCGGAUGUCUAUCCCACGCACUCCAGGUCAGAGAGAUGAGUGACUACGAUCACUUACAUAUUGUCAGCUGCUGCAAUAUCUUAACAUCUCACCUUCUCUUUCCUGUCAUCUCACAGGACAUGGCUCUCACAAUACUCAUGCCGGACUGGAUUCGUAUGUCAACAUUCCUCAUCAGAAAACUACGAAACCUCGCAGAGAUGAAUGAACAUGAAGUACAAGCGUGCAGGGAAGAGAAGCUCAGAGAAAAGGAGGAAUAAUCAUCUGCACAGAAGCUGAAGUUCACUAAAUGAAUGCCAUGAAUGUUGGUUUUUGCAGCUGAAUAUGACCAUUAUAAAAGAUUAUCUUCAUUGUAGGUCCACUGCAGAUACCUUAAAAAUGUAUAAUAUCAUAGCAGAGUUAAAGGCCACACUAUGCAUAUAAAUAUAGUUAUAUUUUGUUAUUUGUUUAUUCUUAAUUAUUGCAUGAUGUUUUAAUUAUCUAUGGAGGCGAACAUGUUCAAAAGCCUUAUUCACUCGACCUUUAAAUAGCACUGAGUCACAACAUCUGCAGGGAAACAUUAACAGAGUUUGUCCCUCUAUUGUUGCUAUUGCUGUAUAGUAUUAUUACACUUGACAGAUCUGCGGACACAAUUUGCAAUUAAGCAAUCUUUUAAAUACAUAGUCUCUCACAAUUAUACAAUAUAACAGUUGCAAAGAUAACAAUACACAGUACAUUUGGCCUAUAUUUACUCCUGUGUACAGUGGGGUCCAAAAGUCUGAGACCACUUUCCCAUUCAAGUGAAUUAGUAAACAAGAGUCAGUCAUUUAAGGCUUUCAGUGACCAUUAAUCACAACUCAUGACGGAACAUGGUAAAAAGGUAAAGCCAAGUCAUGCAAGAUGCUUUUUCAGCAACUUUCUAUGUACAGUUUGUUAAAGAUCCAUGCAGUGUUGGAUGCUGUAAAACAAAACAUGAAAAGAGUACUGUAACAUUUUACUCAUUUUACCCAUACUGUAUUUUGUAAAUGUGGUUAAUUAUUUGCUGAGUAAAAAUAAGAGAACUUACUCUGGUUUCAACCUUGA